UGCAAGAGCUCAGUCGUCGAGUUGGCCUGCUAGUGAGCAGACGUACAAUUUUCUCUCUGCGGUUUUCGCUCCUUUUUUCCCCAACAUUUCGUUUCUCACCAACUUUGGGCUGCACCUCGGUCGAGAUUGAGCCUUCGGCUUGUAUUGCUAGCACGCUCGUCCCUUUUCUUCGGUGUUUGUUUUUUUUUUUUUUCGUCGGGAACUUGGUACCAUUUGCCGUGGCGUUCUCUUCGAAUGUUUGACAUUACUUCAUAGUCAUCGAACCGAUACAAACGAUUUAUCCUGUGGCGUCAUUUGUCGGUAAUGCUGUGUCUGGAUGUGCCUGUCUACAAAGGAUCUUGAGAUAUUGUGAAUCACCGUGACAGUUGAAAGAGUGCCAUCGUCAUCGCCUCUCUUUUGUACCGCUAACACCAUGGCCAUCAUGCUCUCGUACUUCAAGCCGAGCGUCAUGAUUUUCCACCGGCGGAUGCUCAUACGAGCAUCGCUCUUCCUCAAUUUCUGUGUCUUGACUUACGUUGCCUUACAGGCCGCUCAAAACAGUGGCACCGGUGGCGGCAAUGGUGCGGGAGGAGGCAGUGGCGCAGGAGGAAUAAGCACUGUUUAUUCAGACAAUGUCAAUCUGCCGUCCGGUGUCCAAAUUGUCUACAACAACAACAACAAUAACAACAACAAUAACAACAACAACGCAGAAACGGAAACGGCCGUCCGAGACGCACCUGCCUCUACCAACAUACUUUUAUCUUCCUCGCCGUCUCAGUUCUCCACUUUGGAGGUGGAAACUGAGCCCAGUUCGACUACGACCGGUGACCAGCAACAACUUCAGGCCGGUAGCACAUUGGCCGAGACGACCGACCCUCCGCGUCCCUCCGAUCUUGGUAUCGAUUGCCAGGAUCGCGAAAGGCACUUUAGCUACUCGCAGCGCGGAUCUUACUGGAUUUUGAACCACUACGUUCCAGCUGAGAAGCCGUACCGCUGCAAUGAAUCCAUCACGUACACGACGCACGGCGACAUCACCUUCUUGGACAACAUCGUGCCGCUGGCCAGACGCUGGGACGGUCCACUGUCCGUCGCCGUUUACACUCCGGGAAGCGACUACGAAUCGGCGAUCCGUAGCAUGGCCUAUUUGCGCCAGUGUACGGGCCCAGAUAUCCGACAAAGGGUCUCUUUCCAUCUCGUGUUGGACGAGCGCCAUUUCCCGGGCGUCUUGCGCAAACUCCACUCGCAACAAGGACCUCCGACCACACGGCCACCGCUACUCACCGUACCCAUGGCUGGUGUCUCCACUGCUACGCCCGACGUGCACGACAACAAACGAGUCGUCAUGGCUCGGUCAUCCAAUGGACAAGCUGUUCUGCGUGUCAAGCGCUCAGAUUCCCGGCAGUCAAACCAAGCGAAAGAAACAACUGCUGCUGAAUCAAACAAUGUGGAAGUGGACACGGAUGGGCUGCCGAUCGUCGACUGUGACCAGCCAGCCCCUUGGUCGACUCCUCCGCAGAAAACCUUCAAACAGACGAUGAAUUUGACGUACCCCGUGAACCUGCUACGCAACGUUGCCCGGCAAAACGCUCCGACGCAUUACAUCUUGGCAUCAGACGCGGAAUUGUACCCGAGCCUUGACAUGGUACGACUCUUCUUCGACAUGUUGCGUCGCAACGAGUCGGUUCUUCACCUAGGACGACCCAAAGUGUUCGUCUUGCCCAUCUUCGAAGUGUACAGCAAUCAGACCGUGCCGUCGUCAAAGACGGAACUGGUUGGGAAACUUAAGGCCGGUCUAGCGGUUCCGUUCCACCAGAAAGUCUGUUCGUAUUGCCACUCCGUUCCGAAAUCGAAAGAAUGGCUAGUAGCCAACGUCACAGAUGGCCUCCACGUCUUCCACAUUGCCAAGCGGCACAAGCCUUACCAACGAUGGGAGCCCAUCUACAUCGGCACACAAGACGAUCCGCUCUAUGACGAGCGACUCACGUGGGAAGGCAAAAGCGACAAAAUGACGCAGGGUUAUGCGCUGUGUGUGCUGGACUACGACUUCAUGAUAUUGGACAACGCCUUCCUAGUGCAUCGACCCGGUGUCAAAAUUCCCCGUCGAGAGCCACUAAGAGAUGCCAUGGCCAAGAAACAAUCCGCCAUCAUCCGAUCGGCGAUAUUCCGAGAGCUCAAAGUCCUUUACGGCCAAAACAGCAACUGCGUUCUCUAAUUCGAUUGUAUCUAUGCAGUGUCAUUCAUUUUUUUUUUUUUUCAAAUUUGUUGUACAUAAGGGAAUUUUGGCAUCGAAGUUUUCUUCUUUCUAUUUUUUUUUUGUUUGUUUUUUUAGAUUAUGCUGCCAGAAAUGGCCAACUAUCCCUACGUUGCUUUUAAGUUUUCUAUUUUUUAUACUGCAAAAUCUCCCUCCCCCUCAUAAAGUUAAAUAAAAAAAAAAUAAGGCUUUUUAUUCAUUUGCCGGAUUUGAGGCGUUGAACAACUUGGGAUUCUAAUGGGUUGCUCAAGUGGAAGUGGUACAUCUAGCCAAUAAUUGCUGACUUUCGUGCCGUAGUGUCCUGUCAACAGAUUUCUGUUCAUUUGCCUUCGAGAAAUAGCGUCCAUGCGAGAAAAGCUCUGCCGUUCAUUAUGUAAUAAACGGCUGGAGAAUAUGCUGACAUGUCACCUUCCCUUAGGCCUCCCUAGUGCCUGUUUAAGUAUUUGAAAAAUGGAAACGUCAUAGAAAAUAAUUGAAUGUACAACUGAGAGUAUGAUUUCAUUAUGUGUGACUGAUAUCGUGUGUGCUUACUGUGAUGUCAAACCUUGAAAUAUUGAUCAGUGAAGGUCUUCUCUCCGACCAAGAAAAAAAAAAAAAUAGUUUACUUUUUUUCUCUUUUUUUUCAUGAGAAGAAAAUUGCAAAUGUUUCAUUUCGCACGCUGAUACAUAUAUUCUCCGUACGACUGCGUUUGUCAUUCCGGUUAUGCUGAAAGUAUGUCUUCUUUGUACAACGGUGAAUAUAUUUGCUAAAAGGCUACACAGAAA